AUGUCUGAAUUUUAUUCCGUUUGUCAGCAAAGUGUUCAUGUUCAUGUGAGUUGAGGGGGAUGAAAUUUUGAACCUUUUUUUAAGGCGCUGUUUUGAGAUUGCUUUAGCUUUGGGCUUAUGUCUUUCUGCGUCAUCCUUUAAAAUGUUUGUUUUUCAAAUAUAGUUUAGUCAAUAUUUUAUAUCAAAAGCAAUACAAAAAAAAUAUUUUCUCUUGUUGUAGGUGUGUUGUGCAUGUUAUACAAGGGUUCAUUUUGGCAUAACGCUAAAUUUUGGGGCUUUUGAAAUUGUUCGUUGUGAAUAGUCUGCUGUACAUGAGUUUGUUGUACAGAGGCUUCAUUGUAAGUCGUUUUGUGAAAACGUCGUAAUAUCGGGAAUGUUUUGCAGUUAGUUCAAAAUAUGCACAUGUACAAAGCCUUAGGUCAAGAGGGGGAAUUUUAUGCUUACCCAUUAAGUCCACAGAUAGUAAUUUAUCAGUCUGUCUGGAAAAUAAUGAGCACCCUGUCGCAUCAAAAUCACACCGCAGCCGAGAAAAUGAAUUGUGUCGCUGCAAAAUCAAACUGCUUUUCACUUCAGCGACGCGAUUGGCGCAGCGACGUUGGACCAUUAUCUUCCCGACAGACGGAUACAUCAGGUAACUUGGAUGAGAUUUAUGGGAUUGCUGAGCAUUAUGAUAUCUUUUUUGUAGAAUGGUUUUUUAUGGUUAUCAAGUUAUCCAGACGCUCAAAGUAAAUUUACUCCUACUUUAAUUUCCUUCAUGAUUUUUUAUCUCCCCCACCCCCGCCCUCACAUCAGCCGUAACUCAUGUCAGACACAUCCGAUAUGGCAUGUUUUCGUUUCAGCAAGCCGCCUACAUCCUCGCUCUCUUCUUUUGCAUCUUAUGGACGUUGUUCGUCUUGCCGAUUACUUUGUUCUGCAUAAUUAAGUUCGAUCUUUUACUGGCGUUCCUCGGCGUUCUUGUCGGCCUUCCCUCGUGGCUUCUGUUAAUUGGGAAUCGGCGGAAAACAACGUGGUGCUAUUGGCCAUUCAUGGUAAUUAACGUAAGUGUUUAUCCAAGGAAAAGUUGGCUGCGCGCGGGGAGAUAGUAGGAGAUGGCCUUUUGAGCGUAAUUUGAGAAUUGGGCAGACAGGAUGCAUGUGCCGUUAAGGCUACGGCAAUCUCAGAAUAGGAUCUGGAAAGUAGAAUGGAAAGGAAAAAACUGUUACUAUUUAGAAGGGUAUAAAGUUGCCAUUUUAAGUUUAAUGCAAUUAAGAGGUCAAAACAUUAAAACAUUAAAGCUCUGGGCCGGUUCGCAAAAAUAGUUGGCCCUCAUCGGGUUGGCAGGUUUCGAAUGUCCCUGGCCCAGGGACAUGCCUGGAGAUUACUGGUCGAAAAAAGUUUUGCAUUCGAAAAUUUGACAAUGAAAAAAAUUUGACAAUCGAAAUAAUUGAUCUUCCGUUCAAGCGUCAUAGGUCCCAUUUUAAAAUAGGCCUGACUUUUUCAUUAUUCCCACAGUGAGGGACCUGAUCCAGUGGCAAAAACGUACCAUUUAGUAUCCGGGAAGCAUCAAAAAUGUGGCAAAAUGCUUCCCUCUCCAUGUGAAAAAACUUCGAUUUCAACACCGCACCCGCUCUUUUUGUGCGGGAAAGGGCGCGCUCUUCAAAACGAAGUUUUUUUCUUUUGGAGAGGGAAGCAUUUUGCCACAUUUUUGAUGUUUCCCGGAUGCAAAAUGGCGCGUUUUUGCCACAGGAUCAGGUCUCUCACUUCAGCGCCAUCUUUCCUAAAUUUUGCGCACAUCUCCUACACCUGAUUUGAUACGGCUCCUCCAUCCUAAUCUUUUGUAUUGGCGACUUGCCUGUAACAUUUGCUUACGGCUGCGUUGCAAAGAAAAAUCAGAAAUUUUAGAGAUUCACAAGCUCCUUUAUCAGGAAUUUUGAUCUAAUCGUAAGUGUUUUGAUCAAUCGUUUCCAGUGUAAAUAGGCUUGCAAAAAAUAGAGCUCUGUCGGCCAAAGAAAUUGCAAUUCUAAAUUUAAAGCCACCACAACAUUAACAGCAUUCUUUCAGCUCCUCCACCUGAUCUUCUCCGUUCUAUUUGCGUUUUCGAUUCCGUUGAUAGCGUUGACGGAGACGGUAGCACCUCUGCCAAAACGCCAAGCUUCUUAUCGAGAACCGGUGUUCGAUUCGGCCAGGACAUUUCCCUUGUUUGUAUACAUUGUUUUUGAGCUUAUAUUUAUCUUACUCUGCUACAUAUCCUAUCAUGUUUUCAUGAUUGUCUUGUACAGCUACAGAUACGUCGAGGAUUACCAUCAUAUAAUUCGAAGGCACAAGAGAAAACAGAGCCGGAUUUCUUCGAAAACUGUUGUUUAG